GGUUCAAUGGUUUACAAGGAUAUUAAAAUAUUUCAAGUUGAAAAUAAUUAAAAGCAAAACUCUCAUAAAUAGCUUUAAACUAGUUCGCAUGUGAUAUAAAAAGUGGAAAAUUUUGUCAAUAAAAAUGGAUAUAUGCAGUACAUUUUCCUUGUUCCUUCAAAAACAGUUGAUGGUCCUACGCUUCCACUACAAAAGUUUGGGCAUUAUAGUGGCUGUUUGUUUUGGUUUACAAUAUUUGCUAUUGUACUUUAUGUAUCAACCCAUACAACCACUAACAGAAUUCGUUAGUCCUACAAGCCCCGAUACACUGUUAAAUGGAUGUUUUUUCGACGUUGAUCAAACGUUCUUUGCCCCCGAGACUCCGGAAGUUAUUAAUUUUAUGGAACAAAAAUGUGGUUCCGCUGUGGAAAUGAAAGGGUUUGCUCACGUCGAAGCAAUGGUAAAGACCGUUGAGGAAUGCAAAGAGAAUUGUGUUGGAGUACACUUUCGUUUUCCUCAGAAAAGUGAAGGCGGAAAUAAAACUCUGGAGUAUAUCAUUUAUACUAACCGAGUGAGGUUGUCCCCAAAAGAACGUUAUGUUACGGAUAGCGUGGACGGGUCUUUUAGUCAAUCUCGUGACUACAUGUCCUUUAUCAAGCUUCAACAUUCCAUUGACUUGGACUAUAUAACACAAUUAACCAAUGAACAACCCGAUGUUACCGUACAAAUUGGUUCUAUGCCGCAUAUGCGGGGUGGCUUUUUUCAAAAUGAAGCUGGCAUCACUUUUGGAUUGUUAUUCCCAAUAUUUUUCGUAGUAAUACUGGAUAGUACGUUCUUUGUACCAUUAGUUGAGGAAAAGCAAGACGGCCUUAAGGAGUUCCUGGUUAUUGCCACCCCUUUGUCGUAUUUAAAUGGGAUUGCGUUUUACGUCGUCCGUUUGUUCAUUUAUGUUAUAUAUUCAAUCUGCGUCUUAAUUGUGGCGGCAAAUUACAAUGCCAUGGGCAUAAUACCCGCGUUUUGUGCUUUUAUUUUGAUUUUUCUGUUCAUGUUGGCCAUAAUGUCAUAUACGUAUCUUAUAUCGGUUUUCUUUAAUACAGUUUUUUACGCAAAAACCUUGGGAUAUCUUCUAUUGUUCUUACCAAUGGCGUUUAGAUUUAUAACCAGCAGCAUAAGAAAGGCCGACGUCUACUUAUUCAGUAUGAAUGCCUUCAUUGAAGCUUGGAACAGUUUUCAAAUAAUGGGCAAUAAAUAUGAAAAGUUUGAUAUAUCUUUGAUGUUUCAAAAAGUAACUGCCUGCUCAUUUACAACUUUUCAUGUUUGCAUGAUUCUUCUGGUACAAAGCAUCGUAUACUCACUGUUAUAUGUUUAUUUAGUUAAUAUAUUUCCUGGUCCUGGCGGUAUAAGAAAACCUUAUUUGUUUUUUAUGGAUUCAACAUUUUGGAAGAACCCCGAAUGUAAUGAAUGUGUUACAAGCGAUAACUCUUCAGACGCAAUUGUAAUAGAAAACUUGCAAAAACAAUUUAAGACAAACAGUCGCAAAAUUUGCAUUGCCGAUAAUUUAAAUAUGACCAUUAGAAAUAGACAAAUUACGGUUUUACUUGGUCAUAACGGCGCAGGGAAAACGACCACAAUAAAUAUGAUAAUGGGCUUGGUUUCAAAGGACGGUGGUAAAAUAUCAGUUUGCAGUGAACGUGAUGCCUCAUAUUAUAGGCAUUUAAUUGGUUAUUGCCCUCAAAACAGUAUUUUUAUGCAGUAUAUGACCUGUAAACAACAUUUGGUGUUCUUCGCAAAGUUACGUGGUUUGGGGCACCAGGAUGCUAACGUGCUCUCUAACAAAUUAUUACAACAACUUAAUCUACAAGAAAAGGCCCAUGAAUAUGGCAAAAAUCUAUCCGGAGGUAUGAAGCGCAGAUUGUCACUGGGAAUAGCCAUAGCAGGAGAUACAAGAAUUGUUGUGUUGGAUGAACCUUCUUCGGGAUUAGACAUUCAGUCUAGACGUGAAUUAUGGGAUGUUUUGUUGGAAUUGCGUAAAACUAAAGCUAUACUUAUUACGACCCAUCAUAUGGAAGAAGCUGAAGUAUUGGGAGACACCAUCAGUAUAUUAUCGAAUGGUCGCCUCCAAUUAACCGGUUCACCACUAGAAUUGAAACAUACAAUUGGGAGUGGAUACGUUUUGAAAUUGUGUAUGAAUCCUAGCCAGUACAAUGAAAAUGAAUGUUUAGAAAUAAUACGCAGCUAUGUCCCCUCAGCUGUUGUGAUGAAUGUAGUUCCGCCAACUGUGACAAUAAGUUUACCAUAUGCAUAUAAAGAGAAUUAUUCUAAAAUGUUGAAACAUUUAGAAGGGCAGCACUUACAAUUAGGCAUCAAUACAAUAUCGAUAACAGAUACAACUUUAGAAGAUGUCUUUCUCAAUUCGGCUCCUAAAGAGAUUGGCGAUGAAGUAGAUGGUGCAGUAAAUUGUCGUGGCGAUACAACGAUUAGAGUGCCCUACCAGCGCUUAGAUUCCUUAAAAAAUGUGAAUUUUUGGCAACAAUUUAUGGCUAUAGCAUAUAAAAAACUAUUGUUUCUAAUAAAUGAAUGGAUUUUGAGCUUAUUUUUGAUUUCUACUCCUUUUGUGCUUACAACGAUAGCAAUUGUUAUCAUUCAUUCAUCAACAACUCUUGAAUUUGGAACUGGUCUUCAUUUAUCAUUGGAUCAUUAUAAAAAUGGCAUCAUUUAUAUCAAUGUGGCACCAGAUACCAGUGUAGAAAUCAACACAUAUGCUGCCAUUUUUAAAAACCAAAUUGAAAAGUACCCAGGUUUGGCAGUUAAGGAAUUGUCAUUAAAUGAAAGUGUAAACAUUGACGAAGAACUUAUAGAAAUUAUGAGGAAAGACUUUUAUAAUUUCCAACAGGAAGCUAUUGGGACCAUACAGUUAGGUGGUGAGAAAACACCGACUAUAACGAUAUUAUAUUCCGUAAACAUGAUACACAGUUCAGCAAUACUGACAAAUCUCGUAGACAAUUCGAUAUAUAUGUGGUCUACGAAUUCAAAUGAGAAUAUAUUAAAGACAAUAUAUGCGCCUGUGGCUGUUCAUAAUUCAUCGGCUGGAUCUCUAAGGCUAGCUUACUAUGCCACUCUUGUGCCUAUGGGUCUGUUUAUGUUAAUGUUCUAUUUUGCCAUGUUGCCAUUCAAGGAGAAUCGUAGUGGAUUUAAACGUUUGCAUGCCACCUCUUCAUGUAUCUAUUGGGGCAGCAAUUUAAUCUUCGAUCUGCUUUUACUUUUUCUCAUUUGUAUGGCCCUUUUUGCCUAUCAAUCUCUUAUUAUGCCCCAUGAAUUGUAUAAUAUGGAAGACUUGUGCAGCAUUGUAUUUUCAAUAUUCUUUUAUGGCCUGUCUUAUUUGCCGCUUAUAUAUUGUCUAACAAAUAUAGCUACAACUAUGUCAGCCUUGUCUACAUGUUUGGUGACACUUUACAAUAUUUCACUUAUACCCACCUUUAUUGUAUCUACAUCUGUUGGUGAUAUGAUUAAAUAUGAAAACUAUAUAACAUUCCUGCGUUUACUACCCGAUUUUAAUUUAUGCCACCAAUUACGUAUUAUUAAUGAACUUUUUAUCAAUAGCCGAGCUGAGCACAUACCAGAAGAAAUUCGCAACGAAUUGAACAGCAAGAGCUUUCUUCACCUGAGUACCUUCUAUUUUUAUGCAUUACUGGUAUUUCCUAUUUUGAUGAGUGUAUUCAUUUUGGUUGUGGAAAAUAAUCAUCGUCGGCAAAAAAUCAGUGGAUCUUGUAAAAUUGGCAACUUUAGAACGAAACCCGACAACACAACGCAUCAUCAGGAAGAGGACCGAUUUAUACAAGAGGAAAAAUCCACGGUGGAAAAAAUUAUUAGAGAUAAUGUCCAAAAUGAAUAUCCACUUGUAGUACAAAAUGUCUGCAAAAUUUAUAAUCAAAAAGUUGCCGUUAGCGAUUUAAAUUUUGUUGUGCGUAAACAAGAAUGCUUUGGGCUCCUGGGAGUAAAUGGUGCCGGAAAAACAACAACAUUUGAAAUGAUUGCUGCGAAUCGUAUAAUUACAGCGGGUACCAUAAAAAUCGAUGGUGUUGAUAUAUUUAAAAAUGAGGCAGAAUAUAGGUACCGCUUCGGAUAUUGCCCACAAAAUGACUGCCUUAACGAUUUUAUGACUGCAUAUCAAACCCUUCAAUAUAUGGCUCUUUUGAGAGGUAUUCAAAAACAAUAUGUUCACGAAGAAGUUAAAUAUUGGUUAGAAAAGUUAGACUUGACUGAUUUUGAAAAUGUUCAAGUGAGGCAUUAUUCGGGAGGAACGAAACGAAAAUUACAAACUGCGACAGCCAUGAUUGGUAGUCCUUCUUUGGUAUUAUUAGAUGAACCAACAACAGGAGUGGAUCCUAUAUCAAGACGUUUCCUAUGGAAAUCCAUACAAGAUUUUCAAAAACGUGACAAAACCAUAGUACUUACUUCACAUAGUAUGGAUGAGUGUGAAAAUCUCUGCAAUCGAUUGGCUAUUAUGGCCGAAGGACAAUUUAAGUGUCUAGGACAUGUUCCUGAACUUAAGCAAUUGUAUGGUGCAGGUUUUACCAUCAGCAUUAAGCUGCGUACUAGCGAAGCCACAGACAAUGAAGUUCAAGCGGUAACGCACCAACUAAAGCAAAUAUUUCCCCACAGUAAAUUGCGAGAAAAUCACGCAGGCAUUCUUACGUAUUUCAUCAAAGCGCACGAUAUUAUUGUUUGGUCAGAAGUGUUCUCAAAAUGUGCCCAAUUUCAACAAAAGGCCGCCGAUCUUAUUGAGGAGUAUUCGGUUAAUGAGACAACAUUGGAGGAUAUAUUCCUUAAAUACGACACAAAACAAAAGAGGAACAGUACUAACGGGCAGAUUCAUACUUGUGACUCGAUUGAGCUGGACAGUUAAGCCACUGAAUUUGUUGCAUUGCACAGAAUCUCAUUCAUACAAAACAAAGCAUGAAGACAAUUUCAUUU